AUGACACUUGGAAACAUUCGCCUUAUCGGCGUGCUGCUGAAGCAAAAAAUGGUGACAGAGAAGAUAGUACAUCACAUUGUUCAGGAGCUGCUGGGUUCUGAUAGCAAUUCAUGCCCUGCUGAGGAAAAUGUCGAGGCCAUCUGUCAGUUUUUCAACACAAUUGGUAAACAGUUGGAUGAGAACCCAAAGUCUCGUCGAUUUAACGAUGUCUACUUCAACCGUCUAAAGGAGCUUACAACUAAUACUCAAUUGGCACCACGUUUGAGGUUCAUGGCACGCGAUGUCCUUGAACUCCGUUCAAACAACUGGGUGCCUCGACGUGAGGAGAUAAAAGCCAAGAAAAUCAGUGAAAUUCAUAGAGGCAGAAAUGAAACUUGGAUUGCGACCUGGGUCGACCACAAACAUGAGGAAUGGACGAACUGGUACUGGAGGGCCACUCUCACCUGGAGCUUUCCCAAUGAAUGGACCUGGAACUGGUGGCAUGAUGCCUGGCAUGCCUGGAGCGAGAAAGAUGCCUGGAAUGCCUGGUCAAACUCUGCUGGUCUAGAAAAGAAGACCAUCUCUCUUCUUGAGGAAUAUUUUCACGUCUGUAUUCUAGAUGAAGCACAUCAGUGCAUUGAGGAGCUCAAGAGUCCUCAUUACUACCCAGAAGUUGUUAAAGAGGCCAUCAAUCUUGCUCUUGACAAAGGUGCCAGUUCCAUCGAUCCUCUUGUUAGGCUACUGGAAUACCUUCACAGCAAGAAUACUUUCAAGACGGCAGACUUGGAAACUGGAUGCUUGCUUUAUGGGUCUCUUCUGGAUGAUCUUGCUGUCGACCUUCCGAAAGCUCCAGCACACUUUGGUGAAGUUAUUGGGCGGCUAAUCAUGUCACGUUGUCUGGGUAUUGGAGUUCUUGAGGAUACUCUAAAGAAAAUGGAGGAUACCUUCUUCCGCUCAGCGGUUUUCAAAGCUGCAGUGAAGACCAUUGGGGCAAAUCCAUCGGGUCAGGCAAUCUUGAGCUCACAUGUUACUGAAAUGGAUGCUUGCAACAAUCUUUUAUCCUUGAAAUAA